AUUCAAGUUUGAGACAGGAGUGCCUCAGAGGGGACCAAGAUUUGUGUGUCAAUAGGAGCACAAAUUAAUUAGACUGAAACAGAUACACAUUCAGAUCUGGUUUGGAAGUGAUAUAUGACCGGGACACAACCAAAUCUCUUCUAACAAGACCUCUGCAUCCCAGAAAGGUGUGAUGUACAGUGGAGCGGUGCCUUUGUGAGGCAGCGAACGUGGAGGAGAGAGAUAGCAGGAACGUGCAGGAAGGAAGAAGAGUGAGCGAAAGAGGGAGCGGGAGAGUGAGGGGCAGAAAGGAAGAGAGAAUUUGCUGAAAGGAAGCAUUUUUGUUGGAUGGGAGAAAAACAACCAUGGAAACUCCAUCAGAAGAAAACCAAGACCAGAGGCAGGACAAAAGAGGUUGUUUUGAGUGCUGCAUCAAGUGUUUAGGCGGGGUGCCGUAUGCGUCGCUGGUGGCUACAAUCCUCUGCUUCUCUGGCGUUGCCCUGUUCUGUGGAUGUGGCCAUGUGGCUCUCACUGGCACAGUGACCAUCCUGGAAACCUACUUCUCCACGGUCACCGAGGAUCACGCCAUGCUGACUGAGGUAAUACAGCUGAUGCAGUAUGUCAUCUACGGCAUUGCUUCGUUUUUCUUUCUGUACGGGAUCAUUCUGCUGGCUGAGGGCUUCUAUACGACCAGCGCAGUCAAGGAGCUGCACAGCGAGUUCAAGACCACCAUCUGUGGACGCUGCAUCAGUGGAAUGUUUGUGUUCCUCACGUACAUUCUUGGUGUGGCCUGGCUCGGCGUGUUUGGCUUCUCCGCUGUGCCAGUCUUCCUCUUCUACAACAUGUGGUCUACCUGUGCCGCCAUGAAGUCUCCCAUGACCAAUCUCACCAAUGACUCCAUCUGUGUGGAUGUUCGUCAGUACGGAAUUAUCCCAUGGAACGCCACACCAGGCAAGGCCUGUGGAAAUACGCUAGGUCAAAUCUGCAACACCAGUGAGUUCUACCUGUCUUAUCACCUGUACAUCGUAGCGUGCGCCGGGGCAGGAGCCACCGUGAUCGCUCUGAUCCACUUCCUCAUGAUUCUCUCAGCAAACUGGGCCUACCUUAAGGAUGCCAGUCAAAUGCAUGCCUACCAAGACAUCAAAAUGAAGGAAGAGCGGGAGCUGCAGGACAUCACCUCACGCUCAAAGGAAUGCCUCAAUUCCUACACAUAAGGAUAUUACACACUCACAAUACACACACAUAUACACACACACACACACACGUAAACACACACAGACACUGUGGCCAGCCACUGUGGCCCCUUUGGACCAAGACAAUGCUCAGCUAAAAUAACCUGCCAACUGCCGUGACACUGUGCAGUACUAACCAGGCUCCUAACAAACUAAUGCAUCAGUGUUGCUUUCUGCACUAACUCACCAACAAGUGGUUUUGGAACUGCUAUUUAAAAUCUCAUUUAUGCUGUUUUUUUUUUUUUUUUUAUAAUUUUCUAUUUUUCCAAAGGAGGAAAAAAAAGCAGUUCUGAACUUUGACAUUCAUGUAGUGUUUGAUUUUCUCUCGCCCUUUUUUAUAGCCAGUUCUUGUCGCUGGCGAAGCUUGAGACAUUGCACUAUUCUUACACAACGCAUAACGAUGACAUGUUUGUUUUACGGUCUUGCUCUGUCUUUCUUUUGAGCUGUGGUGGCCAGUUUUCAACAAGUUAAUUUUAACAUUUUAUUUGUUCGUUCUCUGCAGAUUAAUUAUACACAACAUGAAAGGCCUUACACUCAGAGUGUCACUUCUAGAUAGCAUGUCAGAAGAACAGUCAGAUUAUAUUGUGUUGACACAAGACUGUGGCAUGUCACGAAAUGUUUUGCUAUAACUUCACAGUAAGGAAAAGAUGAAAAAUAUAUAAUGUGGACCCGGUUGUGUUGUAAAAGUGGUGGUAUGUAACUGCAUCUUAAAGGGACAGUUCACCCCCAAAUCAAAACUACAUAUUUUUCCUUUUAUGUGUAGAAAAAUCUAGCAGUCGACAUUGUUUUGGUGUGAGUUGCAGAAUGUUGGAGAUAUCGGCCGUAGAGAUUUCCGCCUUCUCUCAAAUAUAAUG